GUGCAGAGCAAUGAGAUGAGAGCAUGCAAUCCAAACAGCAAAGAAAACGUGGUUAGUCGUUACUCUGUUGCCACGGAGGCAUAUCAUAUCAUAUCUUCUUAUUAUCCGUCGCGCAUUCUCAUCCACCAAUGGCGUUCACCGUCGCCAUUGGCACUGGCGUAGCCAUAAUCCCCUGCGGCAACUCCACCCACCGAACUCCCUACACCCCAACCGCUAGAACCCUCCACGUGGCGCGCGCCAAGAAGCUCUCUUCCGACUCCCAACCUGUGACCGCCGCAGCCGAACCGCAACCGUCGCCUGAGAUCGAAGCUUCCGUCGCCGACUCCGAUUUCAGCUUCAAUUACGCAGAGCUUCCAGGGCAAGAACCCGAUUUCUGGGAAGGACCGCAGUGGGACUGGUUCGGCACCUUCGUCAAAUAUUCAUGGAUUAUUGGCUUCCCUGUCGCGGCAAGUCUUGCUCUCUAUGGUUGCUUUACAUUUCAUGAACCACCAGAACGUGUGAAGCUGGCUGCUGCGAAGAAGUAUUCUGUUCAGAAUUAUUCUGUUCAAUCCGCUGAAUCAGUUGACUCUGUUGAGUCUGAAUCUGUUGACCCUAGUGAAGUUUUCGAAGAACCUGAUGCAUAUGACUCAGAUGUAUUUGAUUCCAAUCCAACAGAGGUGGCUCCUAGUUUGAAAUAGAGUCUAUAUAGAUACUGCAAAUAUACCUUAAUUUUAGCAUAUAAAUUCAGGCGAAAGAAUUUAAACUCUUUUUGCGGUAAAUUUGUAAUGCAAUGAUGUUGCUUACAUGUACACUUUGUGUAUCAAUUCUUAGAUGGAUCAAGUGAAUUAGUUGUACGUGUAAAUGUAUUGUUAUUCACUGCAUUACAUCUGAUUGCUUAAAUCA